AUGCCGUGGUUCUCAAUUCUCCCUGAAAGUUUAGCGUUUGUCGAAGUGUGGGCUAGAAACACGUUUUUUGUACUGGGUAUACUGUGCAUAGGACCCUGGCUAUUGACUCUCCUCUUCGAUAUUAUUUUCUACCUUUUCCGCUUAAUACAUCAUGAAAUGCCUUAUUUUGGUGGGCGAGCAAGAGAUAGACCACGACCGCGUGCACCGAGCUUGAGCGAACGACCGAAUGGCCAAGGACGACCGAGAAUCUUAACAAUGCCCUCAGUGAAUGGGACAGUCAAUAUAGCAGGAAUAUUAGAGGAAACAGCUGAGGGAAUAAAGAAGGGAAUAGAGGAAGCAGCGCAACCACGAAAAGAUAGCGGCGCGAUAGUAGACGAUUGA